AUGAGGAUACAGUCGCUUUUUGUUUUAUUUAAUGUUGCCAUCAUCGCAUGGUCAUAUCCAUAUGAGCCUUUAAGGGUUUUACAAGUAGGAGAGAAUGAGGUAAUGGAGGUUCCCGAAUCAGAAAAGCUAAACUUACGAAGAAGAGGUGUCAAAUUCUUUGAUGUGACCAAACACACUUCUUUCUUACCUUUCUUUAACAAGGAGGAAGAGCCAACAGUACCAACGUAUAACUAUCCUCCUGAGAUAUCGAACAAAGAAGUAGUGGAUGAUUCGAUUAAGAAUAUAGACAAGGGCUCUAUGCACAAGAACUUGGCAAAGUUUACAAGUUUUUACACCCGUUACUACAAGUCCGAUCACGGCUUUGAAUCUGCCGAGUGGUUAGCUGCAACUAUCGCUAAUAUUACAAAAGAUAUUCCGCAAGAUACGUUGACUAUUGAACAUUUUGAUCACAAAGAAUGGAAGCAAUAUUCAAUUAUAGUCCGUGUCACGGGAUCUACUACGCCAGAAGAUAUUAUAAUAAUUGGUUCUCAUCAAGAUUCUAUCAAUCUGCUACUGCCAUCCAUAAUGGCAGCUCCAGGUGCGGACGACAAUGGGUCAGGCACGGUGACUAAUAUGGAGGCUCUCAGAUUAUAUACGGAAAAUUUUUUGAAGAGAGGAUUUAGACCUAACAACACUGUGGAAUUUCACUUUUAUUCCGCCGAAGAGGGGGGAUUGUUGGGUUCUCUUGAUGUUUUUACAGCUUAUGCCAAACAGAAAAAGCAUGUGAGAGCGAUGCUUCAGCAAGACAUGACGGGAUAUGUUUCUGAUCCAGAAGAUGAACAUGUGGGGAUUGUCACCGACUACACUACUCCCGCAUUAACUGAUUUUAUAAAACUAAUUAUCAACUCUUAUCUAUCCAUUCCUUACAGGGAUACACAAUGUGGCUAUGCUUGUAGCGAUCAUGGGAGUGCCACCAGAAACGGAUUUCCAGGCUCCUUCGUGAUUGAAAGUGAGUUCAAAAAGACUAACAAGUAUAUUCACAGCACCAUGGAUACUUUGGACAGAUUAAGUCUCGCUCAUAUGGCGGAACACACAAAAAUUGUAUUAGGGGUAAUCAUUGAACUCGGGUCAUGGUCCGCUUGGUAA